UUAAAUAUGAAUUUCAGAACAAGCAAACUAUCCGUCAAAAACCGACUCAAAAGAUCCCGAGAGUUUCAGAAAUUUGUUAACCAAAACAUCUCCCAUUUUCGAAAGAAAGGCUCCAUUAAAACUAGUGAUAUCGUCAAGAGCUCACUUGAUAAGGAAUACCUCUCUUCGCUUCUUAUUGAGAGGAAACCUAGUAAAAAUAGCAAAUAAAUACGGUCUCAAGAAUAUGACUUUGGAGAGUAUCGGAGUCCAAAGCGUAAAAUCUCAUUACAAAAAUGACUCAUUCAUGAACCAUAAGAGUAAGCUGAGCAAAUCUGGGAGACCUUCACCUCCCAAAUCUGAGAAUAGGAAUUAUCAAGAUGAUCACAAGGAAACUGAUCUUGAGACAAUUUUCCAUGAAAAACCCCUGCCGAUGAUCUACUAUCCCAACAUGAGCUUAGAAAAUGACGGCCAUGAAAGGUUGUUCAACGAUAAAUAAACUAGAAAGUGUCACAUCUAGUAAUUGGAACUCUUUUGUAGGUGUCAUAAAACCUCCAAAUCCUCGAGAAGAGCCAUACAUCAACGUCUCAGAUCAAAAAUUCAGAGAAAAUAGAGCGUCUACUUCCCAUGUCAGAGGCAAAAAGAGGUUCCAAAAUAGUAGAGGAAGAAAUAAGGGAUUAAUGAUAAAAAUAAACGAGAACUCUGUAAUCGCUCAAAGUCAAAAGCCUUCAUUCUCAACCACAAUGCACAAAAAUUCAACAAACCACAAAGCUGCUAGCUCCGUCCUCAGCAACAGAAGGAUGAUUAAGCUAGAAAAUACCUACAAAAAAUUACUAAAUGAGACCUUUAGACACAAAAUCAGUACCAAAAAGGCUUUAAAAAUCUCAAAGUCCCAACAAAGAAUACCCAAAGAGAGCAAGGAUCUAGACAACUUCUACCGCACAAUGAAAGAGAGGAAGGAACUCAGCGUAAGCAAGGCUAAGGAGAAUAACGAAAAGUUCUUGCAUGAAUUCCAAUCUAAAAUGAAACAAAACUAUGUCCCCAAAAGUCGUAACAAAAGAUCAAGGAUCUCAAACAUCAGGUUCAAUCUCACUGAGGGCGAAUGGAAAAAUAGUAGUUUUAUGAAGAACUCUUACCUUGGGUCUCAAGAGGACACAAGGUAUUCAACCAAGCCUGAACAGAGAAAGCCAAGUCUUGGAUGGGCAACAACAGCCCCUGCUAAAUAUCCCAUUCCUAAAACAUCCAAAAAGAGGGUAAAUCAGAUUCUAAAUCCAUGAAUUAACCCUGGCGAUGGACUGAUGGAUAAAUACCAGCAAUUCAAACAUCAAGCUGAACGGAAAUACGUUAUUAGGACAAAGAAUGAGGUUACCCAGAUAAAGGAAGGAAAAUACCAAAAGGAAAUGGUCAACUAUUAUCUAAACAAGAAGACUGAUCAAAUAAAUUCUCAUUUCACUUACUGAAUAGAACGCAUCCUCAAAGUUCAAUACAAGGGAUAUCUCAGAGAUAUAGAGAAAAUAGGCAGAUAUCAGAAAGAGAUCAGCCAGGCUACUGCUGGUAACAGGUUUGGCCGCAAGAAAAUUGCCAUUGAAAUGCACAGAAUUGAGAAAAGACUCCAAAAUUACAAGCAACAUGCUCCAUUCCACUUAACUUAAAUUUGAAAUAUUUUUCAACAACUAUACAG